AUGGGAGCAUCUGCAUCUAAACAAGGAAGAAAGCUCACAAAAGUCGUGUCGGAGAAUGCUCCAAAGACUAUUCAUAGAACUACCAAUAUAAAUCAAUUACCUUCGGAAAACUUGAAAGCAAGAUAUGAAAAGCAUAUAGCUGAACAAUCAACGCCAGAAACUCCUACUAUACCCGAAAAAGUACCAAAUCAAGACCAACCAAGUUAUAGAUCCAACGCGGCAUCUUUUGAUGCAAAAUUCUUACAAAAGAAAUUGAAAUCUAAUGAACCAUCUUCAUCAGUGCCUGAAGGUAGAGAUGGUGGAGAUCCACAUGUUGAAGGAACUUCAACCUAUGAACAGGGACUUGUUGAUUCAUUAACUAAACUUGGGAAACAAAUCCAUACUGUGGAGUUCAAUCCUUUAUUAGAUAGGAAUAAUCGUGCCUUACAACAAUUAAGAACAAGAAAGGCGUUGUAUGAUUUAGGUGAACAAGAAGUGAAAAAUCAACUAGGAGCAGACAAGACCGUUACUGAUGGUAAGGCUCCUUCCGGAAACCUAAGGACUGUUGUUCAUCCACAUACUUUGACAGCUAUUAUCAAAGAUUUAAAAGAUGCAAGAGUCUCUAAAGAGUCGAUUCCUCUUGAUUAUCAACUACAUCCCGAUUUCUUGAAGGAUUUGGGGGAUAGUUUUAGUGUUCCUACCAAAACAGCUAAAAUUGAGGAUGUGGUUAAAGUUGAUAGUGGGGCAUCUUUGGAAGAAGAGCCACAAGUUAAUACCAAUGAGAGUGAAGUUCCUAUACAAAGUCAACCUGAGAGACAUGAAAGAUUGAGAAAGAGAAUCAGUCUUGAUGAUUGA